AAGAGCACCAUGGUUACUUAACGCCUAACAAAAUUUCCCUUUAGUCUUGUCUCAUUCGAGGUAGAAACUGUUCGCAGUUUUGAACUUAAAUUCACUGAGUGUAAACAAGACGACCAAUCUAGUUCGCGUAUUCAACGACAAAAACCAGAGUUAAAGAUUACACUUGGAAAAGAAGUGUAAUCAUGAAGUUAUCGCAAUCAUAUUAACGUUAUAGUGCAUUGACAUAAUUAACAGUUUUUACUUUUUAAUCUACGACUGAGAUAUUUAUGUUCUCAUGACAUUCCGCUCAUCAUGUACAAUUUAUCAACAAAAUUUCAUGGAAAAAUAUUGCAUAAAUGGCGGGUUCUUCAAGUCACAGACUUUCAAUCUCUGAUGUAUCCCUGCUUCAUCUUUUGCUACAUUCUUGGAAUAUUCCCGUACAAGAUCAACGCAUUGACUUUCAAGAUUUCUAAACCCCGCUGCAUGUUAUCAACCGUUGUUAUUUGUGUUACCAGCGUUUACUCAUUCAUACUGCUUUAUGAUAUUAUCAUUUCUGAAAAGGUUACUUUUGGAAAUUUAUCGUGGAUUUCUAGUGGUACCUGCUACUAUAUAUUUACUAGUUUCAUAACGAUCGUCACAUACAUCUUGAGUGGUCCACGGAUGCGCUUGCUUCAGGCCAUAAUGGAUGUCUCUUCAAAACUGCCUUCGAAAACGUAUAGAAAAUUAUCUAGACUGAUCUACACGAAAGACAUUAUCAGUUUCUUUUUGCUCAUCGUAAUAACGGUACUAUGUUUUGACAAGCUGAAUAUCAGUCUUACACUGAAGUUGUUCACAAUAUACAUUAGUUUAGUGGAAUUUCAGAUGAAUAUGCUAUACUUCAAUUGUGUUUGUAUAUUAAAAGCUUGUUUUAAGAGAAUCAAUGACGAUCUUGCGAAUCUUCGGGAACCCGUGGUUAAGAAUGCGCCGCAUCUAUUCAAUCGGAUCUAUCACAAGCAGAGAAAUCUGUUCCUAUUGAUGGAACUCAAAGCUCUAAAAAAGCAGCAUCUGAUGAUCAGCGAUACAGUGCAGAUGUUGAACUUAGUCUUCAGCUUACAGCUUCUCGCUUUCAUAGCUAUAAAUUUCUGCGAUAUUACUUUCAGCCUGUAUUUUUAUGCAUCAAAGUGGCCAGGAUUCACAAAUGAGUUACAAGAAGAUCUUUGGUACUCAUAUUUCUUAGCGCUCAUAAUAUAUCAGUCUUUAAAAAUGUCUUCGAUUAUUUGGGCCUGUGAGACUGGUAAGAAUCAAGCUCUUGAAAUCGGCACGACUGUUCACGUCGUGUUUAACAGUAUUAGCGAUGAAGAUGUAAAAAACGAGUUGCAGCUGUUCUCUUUGCAAAUAUUGCAACGCAAAAAUAUUUUUUCAGCAAAGGGUCUUAAUGUGGACGCGACACUUCUCGCUGCAAUUGUUGGUAACAUUACUACCUACCUAUUAAUUUUAAUGCAGUUUCUAUUGAUGUCGAAUUCCUGCAAUGGAAAGUCUACAAACAAUAUUACGUGAAUAAACUAAUUAAUAAAAGAUAUAUGUAACGAAUUUUUGUCUAACAUUAUAUACAAUUUUAUAAUAUAUUCAAAGACAAUUUUUAUAUGAUAAAGGAAUGUGUUGAAGGAAAUGUUAUCUAUAGUAAGAACAGACACAUAAUAGGUAAUAUUAGAUAUUAAUUGUUAUACAUAGUUAGUAAACAUGUACGAAAAUAAUUAUACUUAUACUUGGUUGCAAUUUCAAAAUCGGCUUCGAUCUCUCUUGAGAUAAUCUUCAGUCAAUGGUUUGACGGAUUCAUCCUUAUUUUAAUAAGAAAUACUGAUGUGAAAUAAUAAAUUGUUUUUGUUUCUAUAAAAUAUAAGAAUCAGAAAGUAUAUAGAAACACAUAGAUAUAUGUUUACAUUCGAGUUUA